GCGAUCUUCUCAUCCUCCAAAAGCUUCUCAAUUUAUUACUAUUCACUAGUGUACUGUUCACCAAAUUAAACUCGUUCUUGAAGAUGUCGAAGGGAAACAUGUCUGUUAAUUCUCCUCUUGAGAGGACAAGCAUGGCUUCGCUUGAUCAAAAGUUGGCCAUGGCAAAGCGCUGUUCUCAUGAGGGUGUGAUAGCAGGAGCCAAGGCAGCUGUUGUAGCCACUGUUGCCACUGCCAUCCCAACUCUAGCCAGUGUAAGGAUGCUUCCUUGGGCAAGAGCUAAUCUUAACCACACUGCUCAAGCUCUCAUCAUUUCCACAGCUGCUGGAGCUGCAUACUUCAUAGUUGCAGACAAGACCGUUUUGAAAACUGCAAGAAAGAACUCGUUCAAGCAACCCUCCAACGUGGAAGCAUGAAGUCGGCUGGGUGGCUUGGAUUAUUCUAAAUCUGGUUCUUGCAUGCUCUACAAGGGGCUAUUAUUAGAGAAAUCCAAAUGCAAAUCCUGUCAAAACUAUAUGUACUAAUAAAUAAGAUGGGACUACAUUUGGAUGGCGGGAUGACCAUCAGCUUAUAUUAUAUGAAUGAAUUAAUGCAAAUCAUUCCGUUUUCCA